CCAAUUUUCACGAAGAACAGUAACCCGCAAAUCCAACAUCCCAGUUGUGGUUCCCCAGCGACUCAGCACAGGAAAUUUGUGCUCAACGAUAAAGUGCACAAAGUGGAUUAAUGGUUCCAUUUUCCGUUUCGAAUGCUUUCCCGCAGUAAAUUCAAUGGCUCCCAAAGCAUCCAUUGUUGGGCUGAUGAUAGUUCUGCUCGUCAAUUCCGGAUGCCGCGCGACUAAUCACGCUCGAGACUAUUGUCAAAAAGACGUCUGUCCCGGUGGAAAACCCAACAUUGGCUGCCAUUGCGGGCCCAAAACCAAAGCAGCUUCUGCCUACGGAUCCCAGUGUUCCGGAAAGCACGCGCAUAAAAUUGUCGUCGAUAGUAAACUGAAGAAUUUGAUUCUACGUGAGCACAAUAUGCGACGAAAUUUGAUAGCAUGCGGGUCUGUUGCGCCCUACCCAGCCGCAGCGAAAAUGACUGAAGUGACAUGGGACGAUGAGCUGGAGUAUCUGGCCUGGUGUAAUACGAGAAGCUGUGUUUACGACCACGACCAGUGUCGCAGUACGAUUGACUUCCCAUUCGCUGGGCAGAACAUUGCAGCGAGGACUGUUUGCCAGGCGAAGCCAAUAAAGCCGGAAGAACUCAUCACGAGUAGUAUAGACAUUUGGUUCAUGGAGCACCAAAAUGCCACCCCUGCGAUGAUUGACAAAUUUCCUGGUAAGCACACAGGGAACCCCAUCGGCCACUUCACGGUACUCGUCAACGACAGAGUUCGUCGCAUUGGUUGCAGCCUGAUAGUCUAUGAGACAUCCCACAGCAUAUCAACGAAGCCCUGUCUGAGUCACUAUAUCGUGUGCAACUAUUCCUAUAUCAACUUCAUGGGGGAGAAAACCUACAACAAGAGUGACAAGUCAGCCGUCGAUUGUAGCGUUCGCUCGUCGCAGUAUUCCUGUUUAUGUGGCAGCGCAGAGCCUCUGACGACGGAACAAGUUUGGUAAACAACCACAGACGGGGUCAUAUAUCGGCUCUAAAUAUCCACACAACGUUCUGCUGGAAAAUCUCAAAGCGAACCGAGCGGGAUUUUCAAUCACCUAAAUUGAAAUCCAUCAAUGAAAACACGACGCCUUUGGCAAAUUUCUAAUCCCGACACAACAAAGCAAACGCCUUAAUGGUUGACACACAACACCGCUUGUUUUUAUCGGUCCUUAUCCAACAUGUAUAUGUGUGUGUGUGAGCAAAUCUGUUCUGCCUGCGGUGUUGUUCACUUCAUCCCGUGCUGUUGUUCCAGAGGUGAAGCCAUUCAAUAUACUUUCAAUAUGGUGAUUGAUGCGACAUUUAAUAUCACAAUUCGAAGAAAAAAAUCGAUCACCUCAAUCUA